GCGGGUUGAAUUUGAAGGCGGGGACGGCGGGAGUUCUCCUCCCGGGAAAGAGACGAGGACAGCUGGUCUCACACUUAACCUGGACGACUUCAUAGAAACGCGCUGGACACUCGGAGGAAGAGAUGGAGCCGGCGAAUUCGUUCCGUCUGGACGGCGAGUCCAAAGGAGGUGUUUUAGCUUACUUGGAAAGACUAGAGGCUCAAGUGAAGAAAUCUGAAGUGCUUCGGAGAGCCCAGAUCAAGGAAAGUGCCCUUAGAACCAAGAUCCGUGAACUGAGGCAUCGUCGAGACCAGCUGAGGGCUGAAGUGAAGCUACGUCAAGUCAGAGUUAAAACAUCUACCAAUGUAGAACCUGACAGAACAGUGGAGGUCAGUGAACAAGAAGUUUUGAAAAAACAGAGAGAAAAUGUGAUUGCCAUUCUGCAAGCAUAUCGGUUUACAGGGCUCAGUGGAAAGCUGACCAGCCGCGGGGUCUGUGUGUGCAUCAGCACCGCCUUUGAGGGGACCCUACUGGAUUCCUAUUUUGUGGAUCUUGUCAUCCAGAAGCCACUGUGGAUACAUCACCAUUCUGUCCCAGCCUUCAUUCCUCUGGAAAGGAUAGCUGCACAGCUCCUACAGACUGAUAUUCAGCGCUUCCUUUUCACUCUCAGCGAGUACCUAAAUGCGUAUUCGGGGAGGAAGUACCAGGCCGACCGACUUCAGAGUGACUUUGCAGCCUCCCUGGCUGGACCACUGCAGAGAAACGCCCUGUGCAACCUGCUGUCAUUUACUUACAAAGAAAAAGCGGGGGCUCAGUCCAUGCUGUUUUGCGCCAGAUUGCUGUAUAAAGACCUCACAAGAACUCUCCCAACUGAUGUCACAGUUACUUGUCAAGGGAUGGGGGCACUGUCUACCUUGCAGGCAGAGUAUCGGGCAUCCCAUGAAACACUGUUCUGCACAAAGCCCAUACAUCAGGUGUUUGCUUCCUUUUCACAAGGAGAAAAACUGGAUUCAAGGAUCUGGAGCUGAAAACCAGCAAAGGCUCACACUCCUUACCUGGAACGAUCCUAGCCUUGAGUAGAAGCCUGCUUCAACAGGAUGAUGAGCAAGUAUGAGUCCCCAGACACUGGAAUUUUUGGAAGUUCUCCAUGAGUGCCUGGAUACAAUCCUUGCUUGUUAGAAUGCUUACAGUCACAUGUCCUUAGGUACCUGAAUUUGAUCAUGUAUUUUACUUGAGAGUUAGAAUGGCUUAUGGAGUGAUAGAAGACAUGAAAGGCUAGAGUGUAUUUUCCUUUUUUGGGGAAGCUUUGCUUUUCUGCCCAAGACUUAAGAGUUCUUAGGACCCUAGAUUUUGGGCUAGGGGUAUUGCUCAAGUGGAUGUCUGCCUAACACACACAGACUCUGAGCUCAAACCUCUAUAUUACCCAGAACACUCAGACACAUGAUAUGAGGUAGAUCAUAUAGUUGAAAAAGGGUAAGGGGCUGGGAAGGUGGCUCAGUGGUAGAGCGCUUGCCUU